AUGAAAUCUGGAAUUUCUUCAGAUCAUGUUCAUGUACGUGAACAGUACGGUGGUGGGUAUCCAGCGAAUGUAGAGGGUUUGCACCAUCUCCAUUGCUCGCUGUAUUAUAAUUAUGAGUACUAUCAAGAGCUUGGUGAGGGAGCGUUUAAGAAUGAAGAGCCGAUUCUGAGAUUACAUGUUUGUAAGUCUAUCUUGUUAUCUUUGCCUGCUAGCCGCCUUCUUAAUCGGCUUGAUAAAACCUUCGGAGGAGAUUCCAUAUCUAAUCAUGUCUUUGAUUAGACACAUUAAUCGCUAACUAAACCUCCAGCUCACUGCCUUGAUAUCCUCCGCCAACAACUCAUGUGCACCGUCGACGUAGGAGUUCUCGGUCGCGUCUGGUGGAACAAGGAAGAUCCUACGCCGUUUCCUGAUUUCAAUACAGAUCAUAAAUGUAGAAACUUUAAUGCGGUGAGGCAAUGGGCCUUUGAAAGACAGGUACCGGCAAGGGUGCCAGAAGAUUAUCUUGAAUCACCUAGGGAUUUGAGUAUCGUUCACGAUAAUAUGCCUUGA